CAGCUCGUCCUCUGAAUUAAGUCUUGAACAAUGUCAGCGAAACAGACUGCUGUGAGACUACUCGGUGUUCCCUUGAGCCAGCCAUUCACUUCCUGCGCCUGGACAAUGCUACAGCUUGAAAUCCCUUUCAAAAUCGAAAUUGUUGUUCCUGGUGCAUCCAACAAAAUGGGCACGAAACACGAAAAUUUUAGAAACCUAACGAGAAUUCGUUCCACAAAAGUUCCCUUGCUUGUCGACGGUGAUAUUUUCCUAACGGAAAGCCCAGCCAUCAUGACGUAUUUGUGCGAACGGUAUGGCGAAACAAAUACACACGGCCCCAAACUGUACGCAUCGCCUGGUUCGGAGAAGAAAGCUAUGAUCGACUCGUACAUGCAUUGGCACCAUACCAACACCCGAUCGGUUUCGAAGCUCUUUGGUACCAAAGUGAGACCGGAUUUGAAAGCUAGCGUCUCGGAGAAAGAACAGAAGGAUAUUCAAGCCAUUUUAUCCGUCAUAGACUCGGGAUGGCUUCGUUCAAGCCCAUAUAUCGGUGGUUUAGAAACUCCAUCGAUUGCUGACAUUCUAGCUUACGGGGAGGUAAGAUAUGAUGAACGUGUUCCACGAAAGCUAGAACACACUCCAACUUCCCUGGCACCAUUAAUUGAUACCAUAUCUCAUAUGUUCUUUUUUGCUAAAUCCAUCUUAGAUAUCGACCCUCACUAUGACAAACUUGCUAUCUGUCGACAACUUAUCAUUGUGGAUGAAUCGGAUGUCUCAUCUCCCAUACCACGACGAAUCACAUGUGGCUUUGGCGACAUUGGGUGACUUAAGAGAUGAUAAAAAUAAAGUUCCUCUCAUGAAGCGACUGGGGGCAGCGACAAAGGCUGGUGUGCAAUCAUUUGCCAAGGUGAACGAACAAACAAGGAAAACCUCUACUUCAAACCUGUGAAUGCCUUUGAAAAUCUUCAAGAUUGAAAUGAAUCCCGAAGUCAGGCUUAAAAUGUAGUGGGAAAUCGAGUGCAAGCAAUCAGAAGGAAUUUGAUACAUUGUUGUUGCCAGGUUCGAUCAAUUCCAAAAUGCAGUGUUACAAGAAAAAUCCCACAGUUUGAUGCAAUUUGAUAGUUAAGUUUCACUCUCUAUCCAGAAUUCAUCAUUGAAUGUCCAAAUAUCAUGUUGUUUGUUUUCAUCUUGAGUAGGUCAAACCAAAAGAUAAUGGAGAGUCCAAAAUAAGUGAACAUUCAACAC